UCAACUUGUUCGGCUAUGGCCGUAACCCGCAACUGCGCCAAGCGUUUGAAUACAAUAAUGAACGAGUCGCAGAAAACACCGCCAAGACGGCCGGAAAAAUCCAGGGCCGCUAAAAGAACACGAAGUGGUAGUGCAACGCAAAUAAACACACAAGCAAAUGAACAAUUUAACGCUGUUAUUAUGGAUAGCGGUGGCUAUAGCAUCAAAGUCGGGUAUGCCUCCGUUAAUAAGCCCAAGAUUAUACCUAACUGCAUCAUGAAGGCAAAGUCUGAAAGGAAGCGUCUAUUCAUUGGUGACCAGAUAAGUGAAUGUAGGGACUGCUCAGGGUUAUACUAUUUAUUGCCCUGUGAAAGGGGCUACAUUACGAAAUGGGAUGUACAAAAACCAAUAUGGGAUUACACCUUCAGCAAGAAUGUUUGCCCAAUCAAUGAUUUGCCUGUGAUCAUGACACAACCAGUCUUCAACUUCAAAUCAAUUCAGGAGUGUAUGGAUGAGUUGUUUUUUGAAGAAUAUGAGGUGUCAUCAAUGUUUAGAGCAAACCCUACUGAUUUUACUAGGUUGCAGUACAUUUCUGAUCAUGAUUUGCCUGAAGAUAUACCAAUUAUCUUUGUUGACACUGGUUAUAGUUUCACACAUGUUGUACCAUAUAUUAAUGGUAACAAGUACUUACCAGCAGUUAAGAGGAUUAAUGUGGGAGGAAAGCUUCUGACAAAUCAUUUGAAGGACAUUAUAUCAUACAGGCAAUAUAAUGUGAUGGAGGAAACGUACGUCAUAAACCAAGUGAAAGAGGAUGCUUGUUACGUUGCUGAUAAUGCCAUAGACGAGAUAAAAAUAUCGGCCAAAACGGGUAAAGAAAAUGACAUAGUAAAAAACUAUGUUUUACCCGAUUUUAAUAACAUCCGCCGAGGGUACAUUCAGAAACGUGAUACCCCAGAUGAGGCUGCAGAAAAUUGUCAGAUCCUUAGACUGAAUAACGAGAGAUUUUUAGUACCAGAAAUUCUAUUUCAUCCGUCCGACAUUGGUAUGAAAAGCAUGGGAAUUGCUGAGGCUGUGAUCAAGUCAAUUAAUUUGUGCCCACCAAAGUAUAGGCGCAGUUUAUCAGAAAACAUAGUGAUAAUGGGGGGCAACUGCAUGUUCCGAGGCUUUAAAGAGAGACUGUUUAGUGAAUUGAGGUCUAGACUGCCAGAUACUUGGAAAGUUUUGAUACAUAUGCCAGAGGAUCCAAUAACGUAUGCCUGGUAUAGUCAUAAUGCCCUUCUGAAGCACCCUAAUCUGAAAAAUUUAUUAGUUACUAAGAAAGAUUAUGAAGAGCUGGGAUCCAGUCAGAUACAAAAGAGAUUUAACUACUGGAAUAACUGCGUUGUUGAAGAAGAAGAACCACCUAAACCAGUAGUGGUGUACAGUAUCUUAGAUAACAUUAAGGGUAAAUCAAUUUUUGGCAAAGAAGACCCUUAUGAAGUCCCAGUGACAAACAAUCCAUUCAGAAAACCGCCUUCAGAAGACAGUCCUGAAGCUCAAAGCGUGCCAGGCACUUCUGAAAGCACUCCAAUGGAUACACAGCCUGAUAGUGAUGACAGCAUAUUGAUGGCUGGGAAGGAGCACUUGUUCCAGAAAAAGCUAAAGGUAAGAGAGAAGAAAAAGGGGUCAGAACCACCUUUAGUGCUGCCUCAGGAUGAAAAUCCGUUUCAUAAUGUCGAACUCUUUCCAUUCGGUACACAUACGUACAUUUAAUUCAUUUGCGGACUCGUUUUUUCCUGAACUUGUGAUGUUUUCAUCUUUUUUUCGAAGCGAUUUAUUUAUAUUUAUUAUAUUUGAUACAUUUGCGAUCUCAUUUUACGUUGUUGAAUCAUUUUCUUUUUUUCGAUGUACGGAUUGAUUGUACAGUGUAUCUAGUUGAUACGUCAAAAAGGUUCAUAUUAUGAUUUAUGCUGAUUAAAGAGCAGAUGUGUAGCACGAAUCAGGUCUUACAGUUGCUAUUAUUUUCAUGCUCUGUUCAAGUAUUUAGUUUAUAUUGACUAUCUACUACCUCAAAACAUGCUCAUUCAUCAUUUACCUUUUAUUUCCUUUUUAUACAUGCAUAUACAACUGUAUAUACUUAUACUUAUUCUAAAAUCAUUUACCAGCCUUUUUAUUUCUUUUUUAUAUAUACGUAUAUAAAUUGACAACUGUGUUUUUACACAUUUACCAUACUUUUUAUUUCCUUUUUAUACGUGUAUAUACAUAUAGACAACUGUAAUUUUAUUUUAUAUAAUGAAACAUGUUCACUCAUCAUUUACCUUAUUUUCCUUUUUAUACAUGCAUAUACAACUGUAUAUACUUAUACUUAUUCUAAAAUUAUUCCCCAAACUUUUUAUUUCCUUUUUAUACAUGUAUAUACGUAUAAGUGUAAUUUUAUUUUAUAUAAUGAAACAUGAAAAUAUAGAUCUAU